AAACUCCAGAGUGAGAGUAUUAGAGCAUCAGUUUAGGAGCCUCUUUAUUUACCCUUAGUUUAGUUUAGGCAUAGGCACUGCUGAGCGCACUCGAACCGGCUAACUAGAGAGUGGAUGGUGCACAAAUGGCACAUGUUAUCCCUCUACGAUAGCAGCUGUAACCCGAGAGUGAGGGAGUACAUGUGAAAAAGUAUGCUUUUCUCAGAGGACACUAUCGCAAGGCUUUGCAUGGUGUCCAGGGCACUCGUUAGAAUUUGAGUUAAUUUUUUUAUUUAUUUUUACGCGUGCAGUUUUUUUUUUUUCAUUUCCCCCCAGAAGUUCUUUGCAUUUUUUUUUAUUGCAGCAGAGAGAGCGAUAAAGGGGUUAAAGAGAGUAAAGCGGAAUCAGUAUGGAAGAAAAUGAUCACGGCAACAGAGACGUGGUGGAGCGGCAGGAGUCGGCGGAUGAAUCCAACAGAGCCAUCCUACCCCUGUUGCAGGCGCCGGGGAACCCGCAGAUCCCUCACCGGGUCACCAAUUUCUUCAUCGACAACAUCCUUCGGCCGGAUUUCGGGCGGAAAAAGGAUGGGGGCGCAAACCGCGAAGAGAGUAGCCUGGCGUCGCGUCGGGAGAGCCACAACAGUCCCGCCGCCCCUCAGACCGAGCCGGUGGGGAGCACGGUGCCGGCGGAGGGAACCUCUACUCCGCACACGGUCACCGGGACCAAGAAACCGGCUAUAGCCGCCGAGGAGCCUCUGAAACCCCACGGGGAGAACGGAGACCAGUGCCUAAGCUCAGACUCAGACAGUUCCCAAGCCAGCUCAAACCCGGCCCAGUCCAAGCCAAUGCUGUGGCCGGCCUGGGUCUACUGCACCCGAUACUCGGACAGGCCUUCUUCAGGGCCAAGAUCUCGCAAACCAAAGAAGAAAACGACCAGCAAAGAGGACAAGCGACCACGGACGGCCUUCACAGCAGAGCAGCUGCAGAGACUAAAGACGGAGUUUCAGACGAACCGCUACCUGACCGAGCAGAGGCGGCAGAACCUGGCGCAGGAGCUGGGCCUGAACGAGUCCCAGAUCAAGAUCUGGUUCCAGAACAAGAGAGCCAAAAUCAAGAAGGCCACCGGCGCGAAGAACAACCUGGCCUUGCACCUGAUGGCACAGGGACUGUACAAUCACGCCACCGUGUCGUCGAAGGACGAAAAAUCAGACAGCGAUUGAUUUCCAGAGAAGUCACAGAGCAGCCUCCACGACGAAAAGAGACCUAUAGUCAUCCUAUGAUAGAUUAUACAGAGAUAUCACACCAUACAGGAGUAUUUAACGACACCACAGCAGAUAGAAAUAUCCAGAAAUUCUAUGACUAUCACUUAAGAUUCACCAAGGGCCCAUAACAAGACACACAUGGUACAGAGACCCUACAGGGACAUUUAAAGGCACCACAGCUCUCUAUAGGCUCCUAUAGGAAUAUUAUAGCGAUGUUUCGUUCUACGGGAGGUUUUCGUGAAGCCUACAAUGCAAUAAUUUCAUCGAAUAAAGGGCCAGUGUGUGUAGAGUAUACCAGCAUUAAAUUCUUUUAAAAAAAAUAAGAGAGAUAUUUCUGCAAUAUCACGUCUAUAAAAGAUGUUGUAUAAAGGUAUGUUUUCAUUGUUUGUCACCCCCCCCCCCCUCCCCUCUCCAGGAGGUAGCUUCACAUGUUAACCCCCCCUCCAUGUUUUUUAUAUAGGCCUAUACUGCUAAACCAUGAUUGUCAUCGUGCACUUGCAUUCAAACGAACUGACGCUUCCACCUGUCAGCGAGGCGAACAAAACUCAAGUCCAAAGAAUAUUUUUCUGCUGCAUCCAAGGCUACUGUGAAUUUAAAUAAAUGCCAACACGAGUG